AUGGAUGUUGGUUUUUCUCGUUCUGCUGUUCAGACACUGUCAAGAAGCCACUGCAAAAACAUCAAACAAAAAAUUUCUCAGUGGGAAGGAAGGGCUAAUGGUGUAUCUAAUCCAGAAAAAUGGCAUCCAAAGGACUUUGGAGUGAGAUAUAACUGUCACCAAGAGAUUCUUCCUAAGAACAAUCCUCUUGCUGAGGGAAAGAGCAAAAAGUUCGAUGUAACCAGCUCUCAAAAUGUGGGUCUAGGUAUAAAUGAAAAUGCCAAAAGCUGUGAUCAAAAUGAGGAUGAAAGUGAGAAACAUAAAUAUGAUGAUACAUGCUUCUUUAAAAAUAAAUCAGAAUCCAAUUGGGUGUGUUCUCGGGUCAAAGAAAUUGAAAGUUGUAAAGAAGUUAUUUUAGAUCCAGAGACUUCAUUACCUCCAGGAAACUUCUAUACCUCACAAAUAUUGUGGAAGAAAGUAGAAGCACUUCCCCCAGAAAAAGUCUUAAAUUUGGCUUUAGAACAUUGUGACUCUUCAGAAAAAGAACUGAAUUUCAGAGUUCUGGAUAGUUCGUAUGGAAUUACUAAGAGCUUAGAAAAUAUUUACUCUGAACCUGAGGGGCAAGAAUGUGGAGUUUCUAUAAAUCCUUUGCCAAAACCUCGUAGGACAUUCAGAUAUUUAUCUGAAUCUGGUGUUACGCCAUAUAAAGAAAGAAACUGUGACAAAAGAUACUGUGAAAAUAAUUUUUGUGCAGAAUCUUCUUUGGCUUCUUCUCAGGAACCUGAACCGAAGAAAUAUGGUGGAAAAAUUAGAGGAAGAUCUAAGAGGAAAUCCUUUGAAUUUGAGGAUAUUCAGCACUUUCGAAGUCAGAACUCACAGAAGAUUCAUGAAGAACUUGGAAGAAAUUCUGGUUCAGCACUUUAUUACACACAGUCUGAGGACAACAUCUAUGAGGAUAUCAUAUAUCCCACCAAAGAAAAUCCAUAUGAAGAUAUUCCAGUGCAGCCUUUACCCAUGUGGAGAUCUCCUUCAGCAUGGAAGCUACCACCCACUAAAAGUACUUUCAAGGCACCCAAGCUUCCUCCCAAACCUCAGUUCCUUCACCGUAAGACUAUGGAAGUGAAAAACUCACAGGCUUAUUUACGGUCAAAGCUCACGAAAGAUACCACUUUGCCUGUCACUUUAACUGAAUGGAAGCUUUUCCGAGCUGAUGAAGUUGCAAACAGGAAAAGGAAAAAUCUUCCAAGGCUUGUAUUGAAAAUAGAUGACAUAUUUGAAUCUAAGAGAGGGAAGAAGAGAGUAAAGUUACACCCUUACACUGAAAAAGAAAUAGUACCUCCUGCAAAAGGUGAAACCAGUGGGAACGAAAGUGAUGCUGAGUAUCUGCCAAAGAAUCGCCACAAGCGCUUAGCACAAGUGCAGCAGUCUUCCAAGAGGAAUCCUCACUACCAGACCUUGGAGCGGGAUCUUAUUGAAUUACAGGAGCAGCAGCUGUUUGAACUCUUUGUGGUGGUAUCUCUACAGAAGAAACCAUCAGGAAUAAACUAUAUUCCCCAAAUCAUACAACAAUUCCCUAGCAAGGGUGAUCAUGGCUAUAAACAAUCCAAAGACACUGAAGAGAGGCUCAAAGUUAUCCCAAAAUUUUGUUUUCCUGACUCAAAGGACUGGGUGCCAACCUCAGAACUCAAGAGUGAAACAUUCUCCUUUGUCUUGACUGGUGAAGAUGGAAGCCGGUGGUUUGGUUACUGUAAGAAGCUCUUGCCAGAAGGCAAAGGAAAGCGACUCCCUGAGGUAUACUGCAUGGUUAGUCGCCUAGGCUGCUUCAAUCUUUUUUCAAAGAUUCUGGAUGAAGUAGAGAAGAGAAGAGAAAUGUCUCCAGCUCUUGUUUACCCAUUCAUGCAAAGUGUCAUGGAAGCUCCCUUCCCAGCUCCUGGACGCACCAUCACGGUUAAGAGCUACCUUCCUGGGGCUGGAGAUGGGUCAAUUGAACUCUGCCGACCACUAGAUUCCCGAUUGGAACAUGUUGAUUUUGAAUGUCUCUUUAAGUGCCUGAGUGUGUGUCACCUCAUCCGAGUCUGUGCCUCUCUCCUCUUGGAGCGGAGGGUAAUCUUUGUUGCCAACAGCCUAAGUACUCUGUCAAAAUGUGGCCAUGCCGUGGUAGCCACACUGUAUCCAUUCACCUGGCAGCAUACCUACAUCCCGGUCUUGCCAGCAUCUAUGAUCGACAUUGUGUGCUCACCUACCCCGUUCCUUAUUGGAAUCCUAUCUUGCUCCUUACCACAGCUCCAGGACCUACCUAUUGAAGAGGUGAGAUGGAAGAAAUAAAUCUCAAUUUUUUUUCUUAAGGUAUCUGAUGAGGAUGAAAUUUUACCACCUAAACUACAAGCUGCCCUAGUGCAGAUUUUGGAAGAACGAAAUGAAAUCUUGGAUCAGGAGAAGAAUUUUUCGCAAGAUGUGACACUCAACUCACUGGUGUCUGAAGCAUUUGUCAGGUUUUUUGUGGAGCUGGUGGGACAUUAUUCUUUGAAUAUGACCGUCACUGAGCGUGGGGAGCGUGUAUUCCAAAGAGAGCCAUUCCGUAAGUCCCACACCUCCCGCAGUGUACGCCAUUUCCUAAACCUCUUCAUGGAGACUCAGAUGUUUGCAGGAUUCAUCCAGGACCGAGAGCUUCGGAAAAGUGGGGUUAAAGGUUUGUUUGAGGUCCGGGCCCUCCAGUAUUUGGAAACAAUUCCUGAGUCUGAGCCCAGUGGAGUGAAUAGAAUUUUGCGGAGUCUUGGAAGUAAAAUGAAAUUUCUGCAGAAGAAAUGA